CCUCUUCUGCAGCGGCGCUGGGGCGGUGACGUAUGGCCCCGUGGUGGAGGCUGAGAUUAGCCUCGCAAGUCAACGUCGCUGCAUGUCUCCAUCGAUGAUCUCCUUUUUUCUUUUAAUUUCCAUUGCGCGGGGGCAGAUAUUACAGAACUGCCUUCAUAAUAGCAUCUUGUUGGCGACCUGACACGACGCAUGUACUGUUUCAAAGCGAAGAUCCACACUUUCUGAGCCCCUCCGUCUUGCGCCCCUCAUCUCAUUGUCACCUGCGCAGAUACCUUACCUUUCUCAAAUUUUUCGUCCCACGCCGCGCAUACCACAUCAAGAGCUUCAUCACUACUGGUAUCAGCAACAGAAUUCUCCCGCUUUCCUUCAUCUCAGAGUGUAGCUCCGGCCUAGUGAAAAUUGUGCCACUUGCAGAGGGUGGACGGUGUCUAACUAGUCCGUGUGACUGCGAUAGUCUGCAUGGCUUACGAUGGCUUCCAGAGAAGCUCGAGUCCGUACGACCAGGCGGGCAAUAUAGGCCAAACAGAGUCCAGUGGUUAUCGUUCUUCGACCUACCCUCCUCCUUAUCCUUCACAGUACGGCCCUGAUCGGUUGAACAUGCCGCAGCCCCAAGUGCCUCCGGUGGCUCCGUCGUCAACUCAAGGCCAAUAUACGGAGUCACCUCAGCAAUACUCCUGGUAUCAGCAGCCAUCCACUGGAACUAUCAAUGAGGCUGUCAGCUCGGCUUUCCACAAGGUUGACACGCCCACCUAUCUAUCGCCAGAAGUCUUGUCCCAAAUCACUGCGACCGUGAUUCAACAGCUCAAAGCAACUGGUCUGGAUAACGUCCAAGCUCAGCAUCCACCUCAGUCGCAGCAACCAUCGCCACAGCCGCCAUCCGGUCCGACGCCGUCACAGUGGGCGCCUCCGCCUCCCAGCUCUGCUCCCAAUUACAAUUUUAAUGAGUAUGAAUCGCCACCUCCUGUACCACCAAAGCCAUCUUCGUCGCAACCGGUUGCAGUCUCCGACACUCCCGACUACCAGCAGUACUCCCAACCCGGUACAUUUCCGAGCAGCGCUCAAUCUAGUGUACGACCUUCCCCCGUACCUCCCGUCGAGAGAAGGGAGUCGCCGUAUAGCCAGGCAAGCGAUCAAGGCCAGAAAAUGGAAGCACGCCCAAAACCACCGUCGAGGGAAACAACCGUGACUGAGAUGACAACAUUGGAGAAGAUAUGGGGCAAGCUCUUUGAAGAAGGCAAGCCAACCAAGAGACUAGGCCAGCUCUUGCGCGGCAUAGCAGUCCAUCUGAUCGAGGACUACCCUCCAGGUAACACUAUCGUGGUGGUUCCCGAGAAGCUGCAGAAGUUCUACGAGGAUACGAAAAUCGCUUCAGACCUCUACCCGUGGCAAGAUAUCUUCGAUGACCGCACGUCUUCAAUCUCAAGGUUGUUCCGUGAAGUGGAAGCCGAACAUCAUCUUGUUCAGGCUAAACUGAACGAGCGGCCAGAUAUCCCAGGCUUGACGCCCCGAGGUUUCGAGCGCUGGGCUACCUUGAUGAUUCAAGCGCACCCCGACAAAGAAUACGAACGGUUGCAGAAGGCAGUCCUGAACAUGCCUAUCAGCAACCCAGAUGACAGACGAGAAAGGUUUCCAAAGGAGAUUCCUCGCCGGCUAUUCCCCGAGGCACCGAAUCUUACCGUUAGAGAUGAGCUCGAUAAAUUCAUCGCGAAGCAUUGUGGUGUCGACUUGCCUCCAGUCACCGAGGAGGAGCUCAAGAAGGUUGCCGCACACCGCCACAAGAUGUCUACAAGCUCAACUGCAUCGGCCGCUGAGACAGCUCCUUCGGUGACAGAACGAGGCCGUCAGCAGCAGCAGCAGCACCAGUCGCCUUCAGCCAUAAUAGAUGACGACGAGGUAGAAGUUCCGCCUCGACCGAUUGAGCGUGAGAGGAAGCCAUAUAGUGUGCAGCCGGGAGGAGGGAAGGUAUAUGAAGAGCCAGGUGGCUCUUCCCACCGACACAAGGACUCCUUCUCCACUGGUUCUCGCUCCAAAGAGGGAUCGGUCCCUCCUGUCUCCCGCAAAGCAUAUGAUUCAUACGGCCAGGACCCUCUGUACCCUCGUGCGGGCAGUUCCGGAUCGCAGCGUCCAAUAAGUACACAUGGCCGGGCACGGAGCUCUUCUCGAGGUGGACAUGGAGGAGGUGACUACAGACAUUCAGAGAGUGACCUGCUGUCCGGCUCGUACAAUGGUGGAUCUCGGUAUUCUGGCCUCUCUGGCAGUGAUUACUACACCGCGUCAUCCACUCUUCCUGGAGAUAUCAUCGAAGAUAGUCGGCGGUACCGCGAGAGUGAUGACCCGAGGCUGUACGAGUCUGUUCGGGAGAGGGAAAAGGAGCGCGAAAAGAGCAAAUAUCAUGACCAUCUUCCUUCCCGAAGCAGCUGGGCUAACGAGGAAGAAUACUACCGUGGCUUGCUCGGCGGUCAGGGUGGUGGCCCAGUCAGUGGCAGCGGUAGCGGGUACGAUUACAAGACAUAUACCUACAAAUGAUGGACUUGAGGCAGAUUGUCUUUGUUCAAAGACAGACUUCAUUACUAUCUCGGCGUUCUCCAGUCCUCUAAGAUACCUCUGUUUGAUAUGACAUGAUAGUGUUAGUUUUUGGCUUUCAUUCUUUGCAGCUCAUGACUUACGUGUAACGAUCUGCUGAUAUGCA